UUCGCUAUUUGUCGUGGCACGCAAUUCGUUGCUUCAUUCGUGUGAGUUCGUCGCUUUCGUCCGUCAGGGACUUUGUGCGACGUAAACGGGUGUGUGCGAAAGUAUGAAGUGAAAUCGUACUUAAAAGUGUGUGAAAUGUUAAGUGUUAGUUUUUUCUGUGCUAGGAAACAAAAAUGAGUGCGAACGGAUAAGCGUGUUUACUUUUAUGGUCCCUAAAACAUUGUACGCAUCGGUACACGUAACAUUUCGUAUGAACGGUUUCAAAAUGGCUGUGUUUUGAAGGACCCUUUGUCCGCUUUCGUGUGCUUCUUUCAGCAUGAUAGUGGGAUCGUACUGUCAGAAAUUAUACUUAGAGAGGUGAGGAAGGCUCUAGCCAAGUUUUUGUGGUUCUUGUGUAGAAACGCGGAGUGGAAAAUUACUGGUUCCCGCCGAUGAGCGGUGUCGGUUGAUUGCUUUCUAUGUGAGCGAUACCCACGAAACGUUCGCUAGCAACGUGGAAUGCAUGUCAUGUACCCGGAGCCGGCGUCGCAAUACCACAGCAGUCAAGCCCCGUGCCAGUCCGAUUACCAGCCGGCCACAUCGCCGGCUUUCCAGCAACCAGCCAAGAAGCGCCGCGUACUGAGCCCUUACCAACAUCAACCACAAAACGGAAUACCACAUAUACAGCUUGACAACACCGGCUACAAGAACAAGUGGUGGUCAGGCGUCGGGCCGGGCUCCUGCGCCGCGCCCGCCGUGCCGAGUCGCGCGUGCGAUGCGGAGCGGUCCCCGCCGCCCGCGCCGCCUCCCGCUCCGGCUGUACUCUGUGCCAGACCCUGCUGUCGCGACGCCACUGUCGGAGAUAGCAUCGACCAGCGUCGCGUCGUUGAACAAGUUGAGAGCGGCGGCGGCGCGGGCGCGAGCGGCGCGCGGCACAAGACGGCACCGCAGGCCGCAACGACGACGGCACACAGCAAGCAGCUGGCGGCGGGCGGGGCCAACCACCCGCCCCAGCCGCAAGGUAACCACAAACAUCAACAUGGAAACAAAAAAUAUGAUAAUUCUAGAAGACCGACAGCUCGAACAAAACGCUCCGGCUGCGGUGGCGAUGGCGACUACCAGCUGGUGCAGCACGAGGUGCUCUACUCCUCGUCCAAUAGGUACGAGGUGUUGGAGUUCCUCGGGCGAGGUACGUUCGGGCAGGUGGUGAAGUGCUGGAAGAAGGGCACCAACGAGAUAGUCGCCAUCAAGAUUCUCAAGAACCACCCCAGCUAUGCUCGCCAAGGACAGAUUGAGGUGUCGAUCCUCUCGCGCCUCUCGCAGGAGUCGGCGGACGAGUUCAACUUCGUCCGCGCGUACGAGUGCUUCCAGCACCGCUCGCACACGUGCCUCGUGUUCGAGAUGCUGGAGCAGAACCUCUACGACUUCCUUAAGCAGAACAAGUUCAGCCCGCUGCCACUUAAGUACAUCAGGCCGAUACUGCAGCAAGUGCUCACUGCUCUGCUCAAACUUAAACAAUUGGGUCUGAUCCACGCGGACUUGAAGCCGGAGAAUAUAAUGUUGGUGGAACCGGCGCGGCAGCCCUACCGCGUCAAGGUCAUCGACUUCGGGAGCGCCUCGCACGUCAGCAAGGCUGUUUGUAACACCUACUUGCAGAGCAGAUACUAUAGGGCCCCAGAGAUCAUCCUGGGCCUAGCAUUCUGCGAGGCUAUCGACAUGUGGUCGCUGGGCUGCGUGGUCGCCGAGCUGUUCCUGGGCUGGCCGCUGUACCCCGGCUCGUCCGAGUACGACCAGAUCCGGUACAUCUCGCAGACGCAGGGCCUGCCCACCGAACACAUGCUCAACAGCGCAAGUAAAACAGCGAAGUUCUUCUACCGCGACGUGGACAGCACGUACCCGUUCUGGCGCCUCAAGACGCCCGAGGAGCACGAGCUCGAGACCGGCAUCAAGAGCAAGGAGGCCAGGAAGUACAUCUUCAACUGCCUUGACGAUAUCGGACAGGUUAACGUACCAACGGAUCUUGAAGGCGGCCAACUGUUGGCCGAGAAAGCAGACAGAAGGGAAUUUAUCGAUUUACUGAAGAGAAUGCUCACUAUGGACCAGGAAAGACGAAUAACACCAGGCGAGGCAUUGAACCACGCGUUCGUGACGCUCGCUCACCUCGUCGACUACGCUCACUGCAACAAUGUGAAGGCUUCCGUUCAAAUGAUGGAGGUGUGUCGUCGUUCAGGCGGCGGCGUGGGUGGCGUGGGUGGUGUUGGCGGCGUGGGGUCCGUGGGCGCGGGCGCGGAGUACGGCGUGAGCGGCGUGGUGGGCGCCGCGCAGCCCGCGCACCAUCUCGCGCUCACCAUCAACCAGCAGCGGCUGCGGGCUGCGCCCUACGACAACCUGUACCAGCUGUACCAGGGCGGGCGCGUGGCGGUGGGCGGCGCGCGGCAGUACGCCACGCGCGCGGCCGAGCCCUUCCCGCACCAGUUCGUGUCCUCCAUACUGUGCCAGCCCGCAUACCAGGUGCAGCAGCUGGCGGCGGCGGCGGCAGCAGCGGCCGCGGCUCACCACCAGCACGGCGUGGCGGGCGUAGCCGGCGUAGCGGGCGUAGGCGGCGUAGCGGACGUGGGCGGCGUGGGCGAGUGGCGCGCGCCGCUCAUCGUGGAGCCGGCGCCGCUGCCCGAGCCCGACGUGUGGGACGCCUUCCACCCGCACCACGCGCCGCACCAGCCGCACCAGCCCCACGCCACGCACGCGCAGCACCACCACCCGCACAAGAGAUCAACAAAGCAGCAGACGGCGGUGCCGCACUACCAACCGCACCACCAAACGCAUCAAUACAGUAUGGCAAACAGCGGCGGUAAGAAGGAGCCGACUCAGCUGUCGCCCGUCAAGAAGCGGGUGAAGGAGGGCACGCCGCCCUCCCGGCAUCGACAUCAUCAUCAUGAUCACACCGUGGUGGAGUUCCCGGGCGAGCGCGGGGGCGCGGGCGGGGCGCGCGCGUGGGAGGGCGCGGCGGGCGCGGCGCCGCACACCAUCACCAUCCGCGACACGCCGUCGCCCGCCGUGUCCGUCAUCACCAUCUCCGACUCCGACGACGACGCCGACACGCCGCGCCGCGCGCGACACGCACACGCCACACAGCCGCACAACAACACUGGCGGCAGCGGCGAGUGCGUGGCGGGCGGGGGCGCGGGGGGCGCGGGCGGGGGCGCGGCGCCCGGCGGCGUCAUCUGCAGCGCGCGCUCGCCCAAGGACGACAAGCACGUCAAGCACGAGCCGCACCAGAACUGCCAACACCAUCACUCGCAGCAACAACAGCAGCAGCAACAACAGCAGCAACAGCAACAACAGCAGCAGCAGGCUCAGCCGCAGCAAGCGCAGCCGCAGGUGCCUAGCCAGUCUAACCAGAGCCGCGUGGUGGGCAGCGCGGUGGCCACGCCGCAGAGCCAGAAGAAGCGGUUGCUGGCUCUCGCGCAGCAAGAGGCGCAGGCCAAGCGUGACCACGAUCAUGCGCACGCGCAUCUGCCGCCUAGCGGAUCGACAGUACGUCAAACGAACGAUUAUCAAUGCAAUCAGUAUGUACCGCCGCAACACAAUAAGAGGGAUAGUAGCGGCGGUUGUCGCGAGUACCUGACGAACGGUGGGGGAGUGAGCGGUGUGAGUGGCGUGAGCGGUGUUAGCGGUGUGAGUGGCGUGGGCGGUGUGAGCGGCGUGAGUGUGAGCGUGAGCGGCCCGCCCGCCGCGCACAAGCACGCCGCGCCGCACGCCUGGCAUCAUCACCCGCAUCCACACUACAAAGCCGGCGGCGGCGGAGUGUUGUCCCCGGGCGGCGGCGUGUCGCCCGGCUACCUGCCGCCCCCACUCUACGUGCCCACCUACCACUAUCACACCGGCGGCGUGGCGGGCGUGGGCGGGCCGCCGCCGGCCCACCACGCGUCGGGCGCGCGGCUGCCGGGCUACCUGCAGGGCUACUCGCCCACGUACCUGGUGCCGCCGCAGCAGCACCUCUGGUACACGGACUGAGCGCCUCCCGACCGACCCCAUCCUCUCUGUACAAACCUCGUAUUCCCUUUAGAGUUUUAUAUUGUACGCGAGCGCGCCUCGAGCGUCGCAUCAUUAUUCGUCUAGAUGUGUAAUUUAUUACAUGUAGCGUCGUGUAACGCUUAUAAAUGUAUGUAUAGGUUAGUGUUGCUAUUAUUUGUAUCGUUCGAUGUCUACGGCCCCGCGUAGACGAUAUUACUUCACGUGUAUUAUAUGGAUUGUAAAUUUCGCGUUAUAUUUUGCUGGUAAAGCAUGUAGGUUGCAUUUACUAAUAUUUUAUCAUAGUUUAGUGUUUGUACCAAAUCAUUGAAAUGUGAAAGUUAUUGAUCUAGCGAGUAUUUUGAAUAACCAAUGCGUUCGUGUGUAGCCGCGGGCGCCGCGUCCCUGACGCGCGGCGUCCGCUCAUACAAUGUUUUAGUUUUACGUGACACUGAUUUUGUCAAUUAUAAAGUUUGAUUUAACUUGUAUGUAGCGAGUUGACGCUCUAGAUAUAUUGAGAUUUGUUUAUAAUACGAUACGUUUGUUACGUUCCAUAUCAUGUAGUGCGGGUGCCGACGCCGCCUCGCCACUAACACCACACACAAACAUUUAUUGCUGUGUUUACUAUUAUUAUAAUCAAAUUUAAAGGGUUUUAUAUUACAUAGAUAUAGUUUAACGUGUAGGCCGCGGUGAUGGACUACUUGUACAGAUGUAGGUUCGAGUAUAUUAAACGAAAUAAAAAAAAAACAACUAUCUAAGAUAUUUUAUAAACAUUUAGUACACACUAAUGAUUAACUAAGUUGUAAUAAUGCAUGUUUAAUCACGUUAGAUAGAAUGAAAUUGAUUAAAAAAAUAAUAAUGUCCUUUAUAGAAGAUGAAAAAAAAUAUUAUAUGCAAUUAUUUUUACGACUGCAAUUGAUUUUAGUUGUAAUACGUUGAUAAGUGUUUAGUGACACUAGAGCUACUAUUAUUUGCCGACUUGAUACGCGAUGUACGACUGGGUGUUACAGUUCCGCAAUGUUUCUAGACAGACUUGUGUUACGCUCGGCCGGCGCGACAGGCCCGCUCGCCUGGACUACCGCGCGUACUGUACAUAAGUAUUAAAUAAAUAAGUCAUAUCGUACAAGUUUUGUAGUCAUAAACAAUAGUCGAUAGGCCGGCUCUGUUUAGCGGACAAUGUAGCGCGCGGCUUUCUUUCAUACUUAGCAUACGCUACGCCAGACACACUAAUCUAUUCUAUAAGACGCAAUCUAAGCUUCGUUAUAGUAACUCUAACAGCGAUCUAUGUAACAAGUUUAUUAUACGCUUCGUUCGACAAUCGACAAAUUCUCUUUAGAAAUGCAUAAAUAUAUUAUCUUGCUAUGUGUAAUAUUAAUGUAUCGUGUUUUUAAUAGAGCUUUUGGUGUCAUGCAAAGUUAAUCGACGGAUAAUCUUAUAUAAUAUUAUAUCCUUAUCCAAUAUAAACUAGUACGAAAACGUUUCACUCUAGGAAAUUAUCUCGUUUAUAUAAACUAGAAAUCGUUUGAAUAAUAUCGCUGUCGUAGCCUGCCGUAGCGUAUACUAAGUAUAUUUUAUUUAAUAUAUUUUCGUUUUAUCAUUUAGCUUUUAAGUGUUUAAUUUAUAAAAUAUCCACCAUUUAUUCACAAGAUUCUAUAAACCACUGCAUUAUCAUAAAUUCAUAAUUAAACAAAUGUUUUAUAUUACAAGACUACUAUAAUAUUAUUAGUUUUUAUUAUAAAGUUAGUACAUUAGUUUGCUGCCCGACAAUAAUUGUAACUUUUAGUUUUGUAUUUCUAACGGUUGUAGUUAUAACUAUGUAUGUUACUUUAUUUUGUUUAUCAUCAACUGUGUAGUUGAAUGCGAGCAUCGUGAUUAUUGCGUAAACGCUGGCAACACUAUUCAAAUACCUACUGUGUUGCCUCAAAACAGUGAAAAAAUGACGUUUAAUGCUUUUGAUGUAUGUGUUUCACAAAAAAGAAUUAAACAUUUUUGUUUUCAUCGUUUUAUGUAAACAACGUAGAUAUUUACAACAUUAAAAAUCAUACCUUCGUAGCUGAAUUGUUUUCUAAUAACACUAUUUGUUAUACUCUUACAAAUCUUUUUCUAAACUACGAAAUAUCCAAGAUAUUCCAUCUUAUUAUGUUUUUAAUAAUCGGAUAUUUUCCAAGACACUGUCACCGUUGACCAUGUGACCACGAUGUUCGCCAAACGCGGGCCCGCGACGGACCGGUCCUUUAUUACAAAAUGAUAAUUAAAGUAAUCAUCUUAUAACUUGUUUCAUAAUGAUGAUUACUAGAAAUAAUUGUGCCCUCAUUUAAUUAUGCUGAUUGGAAAUCUAUUUUAAAUACAAUUUUUUAAUUCACAAAUUAAAUCACACAAUUGUAUGUAUCUAUGUGGUGGUUGUUUAACAAUAUGACGGUGGUGUCAUGUGUUAGGUGAAGGCCCGCUCCGUGGCUGCGUCCGCGCAGUAGUACGAGAUUGCCCCUCCCGCGAGGCUUUAGUCAAUGAUCUCUUAUAAAACGUGCACAUAUUAUAACUAUACCCCUACGUACGCGAUGUAGCAUGGCGUUACUUCGUCUCAAUCCUUCGUUUUAGUGAUUUUAUUAUUUCUAAGCUUUUAUUGGAGUUUUGGGGUUUAUUUUUAAGCGUAUUAACAUAUGGAAUGUUAACACAUUUUCUAUAAUAAUUUUGUCUUAGUUUAUAAACGUCUGCUUACGGUAUCGUUUGAAAUUGCCUUAUUAUGUUUUAGUGAUGUGUAUAUGGGGCAUGUUGUCGCGGCGCAUUCGACCCAUCCUAGCGCAUACAUACAGUUGUAUCGACUAGCGCGCUCCACACGAUCGAUUAGUCGGUACAACUCUAAUACACAAGAUAACACUGUUCGUUGACGUGAUUCUGUGAUUAUUACUCAUUAUAAUAUUAGUUGGAAAAACUGUAAAUUUUGGGUUGUUGCAAUAAGUAAAUUCUUUUGUGUGUAUAAAAUUGCAUUUUACGAAGCAGCUGUAUGGAAUGCCCCGUGUAUAUGAUGUAUAUUUAGUUUAGUGUGUGUGGUUUCACCAGGACACGAUACCGCUUAUAUACUAUACAGGAGAUUAUACGAAAUGAGUCGCGAAUAGCUAAUUCGAGUGUCGACAAUAAUUGUUUGUUCUGUGGUAACAAUGAAAUGUACAAAUACUCGUGGUAGAUGUAACGAGUGCACGCCGCGUCUGUCCCGCGAGGCGCGCUGUCUGUGGCGCGUCAUAUUCCACUGUGAUUAUGUUAUGUUCAAUUACUGCAUCGGUGAAACUAUUAUGGUAGGCUUACGUUUGGUUUAAUUCAUGUAACUUUUAACGUACCAGUCGGUACUAGCUGAGAACUAACUCUACAAUAAUGGGUAUUUUUAUGUUUUAAUUUAGCUUAUAGGGGCUUGUGUAAGCAAGUUGAUACUAUUAACAUGUUUUAAAUUCGAUAUGUGGGUGAUCAGGGGAUAUAGCACUGAUGUUGCUUAAGUUUCUCUUCAAUAAUAAUCAAAUAGUUUAUUAUUAGAUGAAAAAUUGUAAAUAAACAUCCAAGUAUCCCUUUUUAUUUUAUUUUUAUUUUGUUCCUUUACCUUGGUUUCCUUAUUUGUUAUUAUUUUUUGUUUGUGCGUACUUGUGGGCCUGUGUUCGUGCAUCGCAUAUAGUAUACUCGCGCGGCGCCCCGCCUCGCGUGUGGACGCCGCGCAACAUAGUCAAUAGCGUGGCGAACGACGCCAGAGCUGCUGUCUCGACAAUAACCCAGUGUCAGACAAUAAUCAUUCUUAUCAUUUGCCAGUUAGUAGACAUUUUUGUUUGGCCCCUUACUAGUGACCAUAGUAUCUACGUGUGUACGUUAAAUAGGCCUUUAGAGUGUAGUGCGUGUGAAGUUAGCACAAUUUGCGGCAACAAAAUAGUGAAUAUAUUUGAUUAUACAAAGUCUUUUCCAUAGCAUAUCUUUAUGAUAGUUAGGUAUAUCGAUGUGCAUAGAGAGCCGGUUGUCUGAGGUGCGACACAGCGACACCUCGUAGCUGUUUUCUCUCAGGUUUUAUAUAUGAUAGGCACGUAAAUUAAAACUAUUAAGUGCAUAGAAAUACUCUUUUUAUAUAAAGUGGUCUUAUCACAUUUUCUACAAUUAAUACUUUAUCUACAUGUUUUAAUAUUUAAAAGAUACACCAAUAUCUUGGUAGAGCGUAUUCCUCAUUAAUAUUAUAUUCCUAAGAGUCCUAGCGUGACCGACAUUGGAUGAAUGUAUUUAUUUGUAAUUUACGAAAUUAUAAAGCAUUUAAGAAGAUUUAAGAUAACAAAUGGCAAGAUUUUAUCUAUUACUUACAUUACAAUCUUUUUCGAUCAUAAAUUAAAUACAAUUAAUUUUUCUAAAUUAUUCCUUUUACAAUUUACACAUAUAUCUAAUUGUAUGGUACAUUUUUCAAAUCGACUGACUGUUUACCAUUUAAUAUAUAUGAUCGUUACUCGUGCUUAGUCCGCAACUCGUAUGCGAGGGUAGUUGCACACGCUGCGUGCCGUGGAGCAUGUUAUUACGAUUUUAAUGUUUCGAUGUUGCACCGCGUUACUACGAUAACCUAUCAUAACCGUAUCGUAAUAGGUAAUUAGCGACGAUCACGACUCAGGCAGUCCUCUAGGGUGGAAAGGGAUCAAGUCGCAUUGGCAUUACUUAAGAUUGUAACUCUAAUUUGACAAGUCUGACGUCACAAGUUUGUUGUUAAUAGUACUUAGUGAACGCUGCUGGUUAGGCUCUACUCUAUAGUAUUAACUUUUGUAUAUUCAUUCUAUAUCUACCUAAUAGGUAAACUAUAUGUGUGAUAAUAACAAUAAGCUUUUCAACUAGAUGGAGUACAAUGAAUUCUAAUGACUAACUCAUAGGCCAAUGUUUAUAAACAUUAUUUUUACACUGUCUAUUAAAAAUUAAUGUGAUUUUGUCUGUAGUGAGUAAAGUUUUAGAACUUUUAGAUAUUGCAGUCCAGUGGCAUGUCGCUUAGUCACUUCAGACCCGGAGAUUUACCUUUUUCUACUUAUACGCUUAGGUGUCUAUAUCGUGUUAAGUCAAUUGUACAAGUUGUUAUGAUCAGCUUCCGAGACAGUAGUUGAUCGGUAGUGCACUGUUUACAAAAUGUUUUGCCGUCCAAGUAGCCUACCUUCGCGAGUACAUGCUGGCAGCUGGACUGUUCUUCGAUGUAUUUCGUUAAAUAUAAUCGCAUAUUUCGACACCAAACCGAUAUUAUUAUAGAUGUCUAAAAUAUUUUAUAUUUAUCUAGAGCUUAUAGAGUGUUUAGGGCUGUAUUAAUGUUAAGAGGUAGCGAGCGGCGCGGCGCGUGCCCGGGUACCGCCCCUGAGCGGCCGGGAGUCGCGCCGCGCGCUGCUUCACAAGAAUAUCAGGGAUGAUAGCGGUAGCGACAGCUUUUUAACUUAGAAAACUUUAUCAAAGAUUUAUACAAGCUAUGGGUGUAGUAACUGCGUAGGGUUAGGUAUAUGUCUGCAUUGUGUCUGUGAUUCACUCGAUGACAACGAAGGCUGACCAAAGAAGAUUUAACGUGAUUUAUUGAGGAUUACAAAUAAUAUAGGACUUACGGCGAAACGUACCUGAAUCUAAUGCAAUUCUAUAGCUAAUUAUGUCUUGAGCGGCUGGAGCUCGACGCUCGACUUAAAUUACGAGUUUCAAUAAUUACACAGAUAAUAUUAAACACAAUUUCUUACUAGUAUUGUAAGUGCGUACAAAACUUCACCUUGUUACCUUCUAGCUAAUACACAUUUUCCUUUGUCUGUUGUAUCUUUACGGCUUGGGAUUACUUAUUUUUAGGGAAUUAGCGACAAUUGUGAGACGAUCCCGGGUCGGUGUCCGUUGUCGUCGAGGUGACACAAGUUAGAUGAGCGCCAUUUUCUAGAUUUAAACGUUAUUGUUUCGAUGUCCAAAUUUAUUCGAGAUUUACUGUCUUCUUAUACUACAUUUCAUUAAUUAAAUGUUCUAAUAUAUGUCCAGCGAAUAUUUGAGUGUUUCGAUGUAGCGCGUUAGUUGCGCCUUGAUGUUACGACCUAACACCUAUUUUAUGCUAGUAUAGAGUUUCAGUAACGUAGGAUUACGACCAAGUUAGAAACGUAACUUUAAUAUAUCCUAAAACACAAAUAUAGGUACCUUAUAUUAUAUAAUAUAUGCUACUGACGGAUCCCGUGACGGGGGGACAAAUAAAGUACAAAUUUAUCAGUAAAUCCUCGUCCGUCGCGGAGGCUUCAAACUCUUUCCUUGUAGAGCGAUACGAGAGAAAGACGUUGCGUUAAAUGAAAGAUUGCGUUAUAAAAUAAUAAAUGUUGUUGUAGUUAAUUCGUAAUAUCCAUUAUUUCAAUUUUUAAUUAUUAAAAGAUCUUGUAUGUAAUUUUUUUCUUAUAAUAUUGUGUCGACCUAACCCGACGAGUAUUUAAUCACACUACGUGUUUAGAUUUGUGGUAGUUCAUAGCUGAAUAUCGACGACAGGAUCACAUUUUCGAAUUAAAAAAAAAAAGUUGUAAUUUUAUAACAAUUGAUGUGCCUAAGUGUAAUACUCUAAUAAUGUAAUUUGUAUAUAUUAAUAAAUAGUUAUUGUAUUUAAUGUCUCUGGAACGCGUCGCAUGGUGCUUGCUCACCGGUACACGUUCGUAUAACAAACCAUUGUAAUUCGUGUUUAUGGUAACGCUGAAGCUCCUUUAUAGUAUUGAGACAAUAAUUCUUUUGCAAAGUUGUCAUAUUUACUGCACAUUUUUAUUCAAAGUUAAUGUUGUAACGGAGGCUGGCUAAAAGAUUUACCAGAAUUGAUAGAAAUGUUAAUAAAACUGAACAAUGUUGAUUGAAACACCCCCGUGCGUUGUGUGUUGCCAUGUGUUUUUAACAUCCAGCAUUUGCAUAUUUAACCAAGAUAGGUAAUAAUUAUUUUGUAGGCUGAAUAUAGGCAUAACACUUACACACAGCGCGUACAUAUGGCUGCAUUAAUUCGGUGGCAAAUUAACUAUAUACAGCCAAUUAUAUAAAAUUGUUUAUGUUGAAUUUAUUAUGUCAAUAUUUAAUUCCAUUCUUAAUUAGUGCAGCCAAAUGAGUUCUCCUGUAGGUAUUGGCUGGUCUACAGUGAUCUAAUAUUCUUAAGUUACGCCUAUAUAUCACCCUACAAUGUGUAUUAAUACCUACAUACCUUCAACUCGAAAGAUAGUAACUAAUCUGUGUAUUAAUAAAUGUGUAAGAUCCCAUAGAAGUGUCAUUUUUUGAGUUUACUGAUGCAAUCAAAAAUGUAUUGAAGUGACAGAUGUUACCAUCGUAUUUACAAACGUCACUCAGUUUAAAUCGCUCUUGAGUGUCAUGCUCUCUCUGUCACUAUUAAGUGGAAUUCUUGAGACUAAUAGACAUUUAAAAACGACAGUUAGUCACAGUUAGUGGCGUUUGUGAAUAAAUGUAACGCUUUACUGGUACUACAGUUUAACAUUAUCAUCAAUCAGUUAAUUUCAAUUGAUUCUGAUUAUUCUUUUAGAGCCUUCAUAUAAAGUAGUCCCAAAAUUUUAUUAUCGCUUAAAAUUUAAAUUGUAAUUACACUUUUAUUGUGAUUAAUUCCCGUACAUUUGUCACAAAUCAAAAUAGUGUCGUACUGACUAGCAAGUAAUUUUCUAUCAGUAGAUUUUUACUUUGUCGUCACUUACAAGUAUUGUGAACACUUAACUGUCGUGGUACGUUAGAUAGUCGUUUACAUUUUAUAGCACGCGAAACGACCUUUUUGCAUUUAAUCCAGAACGUUUCAUUGGGUAUUACAAAAUUGUAUUAGAUUUAUAACAUUCUAUGGUAGCUACGUCGGUGUUGUAACGGCGUUUGAAUGUAUUAAUUGGUAAAGUGUAUUUAUGUGUAAAAUCAUCCGUAAUCGCCGUGUACACGAAUAUGAUGGGUAAAUAAUUGGGUAGCUGUGUAGACUUGAUUGUGAUAUCAAUAAACAUUUUCAUACGAGCAUCAA